AAACCAAAACACCAUCUUCAAACCCUGCCCAAAGGAGCUUGGAAGCGAUUAAAAGACUUACGCGAUCGCCAGAAAAGACGGCGCUACUUACCAAUAGAAAACAAUUUCCCCGAUUCACAUAUCAACAACGAAUCUGGCACCUCAUUAGUACCCAUUGCCCAUACCGAAGGGAUCCCAUCAAUCAAAGCCACUGGAACAAUACCCAAGCAACCCAAAGACGCUUAUCUGAAUCCAAGUUGCCCAGUUUCACGCUUCAGACAGUUGCAAUUCCAGCGCGACCUACGCAUUCAUCCUUUUACAGACACCAAUGUGGAACACGGAAGAAACCAAAAGGACAUAGAAGUAUUGGAAGAUAUAGACAAAAUGCCUAGUGAUAAAGAGAUUCCAGAAACCAAACCACUGAACAAUAAUAAUACAAAUGGAAACGGUGGCAGUGCACCAAGCAAGCUAAAGAUCCAGCCGAAGUACAGCAUUCACCGGGAUGUGCUGACCCAUGAGGUGGUGAUAAAGCAAACAGGAUAUGCGGCCAGGGACAAGAGCAUACCCUCCUCCCUGCGAAACUGCUGGCAGAGCUGGAACUUCUUUGCACUCUUCACCGGCGUGAUUCCCAUUCUGCAAUGGCUACCCCAGUAUUCACCCAGGAGAGAUCUUCCCGGCGAUAUAAUCGCCGGCUUCACCGUCGCCAUUAUGAACAUACCCCAUGGCAUGGCCUAUGGCAUUUUGGCGGGAGUUUCUGCAGGAAAUGGUCUCUACAUGGCCGUGUUUCCGGUGCUGGCAUACAUGUUCCUGGGUACCUCCAAGCACAUCUCCAUCGGCACCUUUGCGGUGGCCAGCAUGAUGACGGCAAAGGUGGUGGAUACGUACGCCAACGUGGAUGACCACCCUCAUAUAUUGCCAGUUAAUGGCUCCGCUUUGCUGUCGAAUGGAACACCGACUGUGUCCCCACUGCUAUUAAAUUCCCCCGCGUUUUCGGAUUAUAUCUCUUUGAAUUCCCCCGCGUUUUCGGAUUAUAUCUCUUUGACCACUGUAUCACCUCUUCAACUUUUAAAUUCGACUCUGAAUGCGGAUCCCAUUACAAAAAUAGAGGUGGCAACGUCUUUGGCCCUUACCGUGGGAAUCGUAAACCUCCUAAUGGCUUUUCUAAGACUGGGAACCCUGUCAUCGCUUUUGAGCGAACCUCUGGUGAAUGGAUUCACCACUGCUGCAGCGUGUCACGUGGUCACCGCCCAGCUCAAGGAUGUGCUGGGCAUCUCAGUACCCCGCCACAAGGGCGCAUUCAAGAUCAUAUACACGGUUAUUGACGUUGUCAAGGGAGUGCCGCAAACGAAUCUUGUGAACUUUGGCUUCUGUAUGGCAGUGAUCGGAUUCAUGAUGAUCUGCAAUGAGAUCUUAAAGCCGCGACUGAGUAAAAAGUGUCGCUUUCCCCUGCCUGCGGAGCUGAUUAUGGUGAUCGGUGGCACUUUGAUCUCCAGAUGGUUCAACCUUUAUGUUGAGUACAACGUCAAUCCAGUGGGAACAAUACCCAGUGGCUUACCAGAACCCGCUCUGCCGCGCUUGGAUCUUGUACCAAAGGUGGCUGUGGAUUCGAUUGCCAUUGCUAUAGUCACCUACUCCAUAAUCAUGUCCAUGGGCCUAACGUUCGCCAAGAAGCAUGGAUACGAGGUCAGGCCGAAUCAGGAGCUGUUCGCCAUGGGUAUUGGGAACAUGGUUGGCGGCUGCUUCUCCUGCAUUCCCAUGGCGUGCUCUCUGUCUAGAUCCGUGAUCCAGGAUCAGACUGGUGGUGUUUCACAGAUAGCUUCAUUGGUCUCCGCCUCGCUGGUGAUCGUCACUCUCAUGUGGAUCGGACCCUUUUUCAGCAGUUUGCCAAGGUGCGUUCUGGCUGGCGUCAUUAUAGUGGCACUGAAACCGAUGUUUAUGCAGGCGAAGGAGUUGAAAAAGUUCUCCAAGCAAGGCAAGCUGGAGAUGUUCACAUGGAUAUCUACGUUCCUCUGCGUUAUAGUCAUCGAUAUUGAUAUUGGUCUUUUGAUUGGCAUCUGCAUUUCCUUGUUGGCUCUGUAUAUCAAGGGAUUGAAGCCGUAUUCCUGCCUUUUGGGCUAUAUGCCAGAGGCGCCAGGCAUCUAUAUGGAUCUCAACCAGCACCGAAACGCCAUGCAGGUUCCCGAAGUCCGCAUCUUCCGCUACAGUGGAUCUCUAAACUUUGCCACCAGCCUGUUCUUCCGGCGUGCUCUAUACGAAGCCGUUGGCCUGGAUAAGAUUCCUCUAACGAAAGUCAGCAGCAGCAAUAGCAAUAGUCCCAGCAAGGGCAGCAAAUCGAGUUAUUCCCCAGUAUCGCAGAACGGCGGCAAGGCGAUCAAUGGCAAGUUAGAUGAGACAUCUGGUGCGUUCAAGGUGCUCGUCCUCGAUUUCUCCAUGCUGGGACACAUAGAUGUGGCGGGAUGUCGCACACUUACGGAUCUGAGCAAGGAGCUGAAAGUGCGAGGAGCCCGUUUGUUGUUAGCUAGCCCCGUAGAUCGGGUGUACGAUACCCUGGUGCACAGUAUGGCCCUCAGCGAAGGACCUUUUGAGAUCUUCCCCACCCUGCACGAUUGUGUGGAAUACGCCAAUGCCUGUCGAACAGCGUGAGAGGGUGAUCCUGCUCCAGACUCCCCAGUUAACUGGGGCAGAGAGCCAAACCACGUUUUGUGAUAUGUCCAAGUGAUAGCUUGUGAAUCGUAGCAUCAAAACCCCCUUCCUAGUUGCUAAAAUCUAUUUUAAACUGAAUAGAAACAAUGUCGCCGUCUACAAUCAAGCAGAAUAGGCUAAGUUUGUUUAAGUGCCUCCAAACACAAUUGAUUUUUGUACUUAAAGCAUACACAGCCCACCAGUCAGGCAACCGAAGAACUUCAAUCGAUCAAUGAAGUGCAUUAAUUUAGUGCAAUUUGUACCAAAAUGAACAAUUCAAAAACACACAAUUAGUCUGUAAGGUUGAUAUGUAUGGAGAUGUAUAAACUGUACAUAAACAUUUCAAA